AUGUAUGUCAAGAAGCGUGAUGGACGCCAAGAGCGCGUUCAAUUCGACAAGAUCACAGCCCGUGUCUCGAGGCUAUGUUACGGUCUUGAUGCCGACCAUGUCGACCCCGUUGCUAUUACACAAAAGGUCAUCUCCGGUGUCUACGGAGGUGUGACAACAGCACAGCUUGACGAUCUCGCUGCCGAGACCGCCGCGUACAUGACCGUCACCCACCCAGACUAUGCCAUUCUCGCAGCACGUAUUGCUGUAUCCAACCUCCACAAGCAGACCAAGAAGCAAUGGUCGUCAGUUGUCAGUGAUUUGUAUCACUAUGUCAACCCCAAGAACCAGAAGGCCUCGCCCAUGAUUGCCAAGGAGACAUACGAAUUUGUCAUGAAGCACAAGGAAGAGCUGGACUCGGCCAUUGUCUACGAUCGAGACUUCAACUACCAAUAUUUUGGCUUCAAAACCCUGGAGCGAUCCUACCUCUUGAAGAUCAACGGCAAGAUCGCCGAGAGGCCACAGCACAUGAUCAUGCGUGUUGCUGUCGGUAUCUGGGGCGAUGAUGUCGAGAAGGUGAUUGAGACCUACAACUACAUGUCUCAAAAGUUCUUCACCCACGCUUCCCCAACCCUCUUCAAUGCCGGCACUCCUCAGGCCCAGCUCUCCUCGUGCUUCCUGGUGGACAUGAAGGAUGACAGUAUUGAGGGAAUCUAUGACACGCUCAAGACUUGCGCCAUGAUUUCUAAAAUGGCCGGUGGAAUUGGUCUCAACGCCCACCGCAUCCGCGCCACCGGAUCCUACAUUGCCGGAACCAACGGAACCUCCAACGGUAUCGUGCCCAUGCUCCGUGUCUUCAACAACACUGCCAGAUAUGUCGACCAGGGAGGCAACAAGCGCCCUGGUGCCUUUGCCAUCUACCUCGAGCCAUGGCACUCGGAUGUCUUUGAGUUCCUUGACCUGCGCAAGAACCACGGAAAGGAGGAAGUCCGUGCCCGUGAUUUGUUCCUUGCCCUCUGGAUUCCUGAUCUCUUCAUGAAGCGUGUUGAGAAGAACGGUGACUGGACUCUCAUGUGCCCCAACGAGUGCCCUGGUCUCGCCGACUGCUAUGGCGAGGAGUUCGAGGCCCUGUACGAGAAGUACGAGGCUGAGGGCCGUGGCCGUAAGACGAUCAGGGCCCAGAAGCUUUGGUAUGCUAUUCUCGAGGCCCAGACCGAGACUGGCAACCCCUUCAUGCUCUACAAGGACCAUGCCAACCGUAAGAGCAACCAGAAGAACCUCGGAACCAUCCGCAGCUCCAAUCUGUGCACUGAGAUUAUCGAGUACUCGGCGCCCGAUGAGGUCGCCGUCUGCAACCUUGCGUCGCUGGCUCUGCCCGCUUUCGUCGACUACAACUCGGGCACUUACGAUUUCCAGAAGCUGCACGAAGUUACUCAGGUCGUUGUCCGCAACCUGAACAAGAUCAUUGAUGUGAACCACUACCCCGUUCAGGAGGCUCGCAACAGCAACAUGCGCCACCGCCCCAUUGGUGUUGGUGUCCAGGGUCUUGCCGACGCAUUCCUGGCUCUCCGCAUGCCCUUUGAGUCGCCCGAGGCAAGGCAGCUCAACACGCAGAUCUUUGAGACCAUCUACCACGCCGCCCUCACUGCCUCGAUGAACAUUGCCAAGGAGCAGGGCCCCUACUCCACCUACGAGGGUUCGCCUGUCUCCCAAGGCAUCCUUCAGUAUGACAUGUGGAAGGAUGUUACCCCCACUGAUCUCUGGGACUGGGAAAGCCUCAAGGCCCAGAUCAAGCAACAUGGUGUCCGCAACAGUUUGCUGUUGGCUCCCAUGCCUACUGCAUCUACCUCGCAGAUUCUGGGCAACAACGAGUGCUUCGAGCCUUACACCUCCAACAUCUACUCCCGUCGUGUGUUGGCUGGUGAAUUCCAGGUUGUCAACCCCUGGUUGCUCAAGGAUCUCGUUGAGCUCGGACUGUGGUCUGACAGCAUGAAGAACCGCAUCAUUGCUGAGUCGGGCUCCAUUCAGAACAUUCCCAGCAUCCCUGCUGACAUCAAGGCUCUGUACAAGACCGUCUGGGAAAUCUCUCAGCGUACUGUCGUCCAAAUGGCGGCCGACCGUGGUGCCUUCAUUGACCAGUCCCAGUCUCUCAACAUUCACAUGCGUGAGCCCACCAUGGGUAAGAUCACUUCCAUGCACUUUGCUGGCUGGAAGCUUGGUCUCAAGACUGGAAUGUACUACCUGAGAACUCAGGCUGCCGCCGCCCCUAUCCAGUUCACUGUGGACCAGGAAGCUCUCAAGGUUCAGGAGAGUCAGGCCAUGAAGCCCGCUGCUCUGAAGAAGCGUGUUGCCCCCGCCGGCAGCUACUCGUCCUCGGCAGCAGCAGCUGUUCCCCGGCCCAUGUACCGUGAGAACUCCAACACAAACCUCACGGCCAGCAGCCCCCAUGGUGUUCCUACACCCAGCACCACCCCACCUCCCACGGCCAAGGUUGCUCCCUCCCCCAUGAAGCAAGUGCCUUUCAAGGCCGACCAGGAUGAGGGCGAGAGCCCCAAGGCCCUGCCUACUGAGCCGGUCGAGACUCCCAAUAAGAUUGAGGAGCUCCCGGACCCGGCUGUCGAGACCAAGCAGACACCGUCGCAGUCAGAGGACUCUGACAAGGUCAGCAAGGAGCGCGAAUUCGAUAUCUACAAUGAGGCCGUCUUGGCUUGCAGCAUUGAGAACCCCGAAUCCUGCCUCAUGUGCAGUGGUUAA